UGGACAGGCUGGAACCCACGUUCCCCACCUGUGACACGUCUGCCCCCUUGGAUUGGCACCAGGGCUAAGUAGUGAAAACGAAGCAAUGCAGAGGUGUUAACAAGUGUGACCCCACGGAGGAGGGUGACAGUUCUGAGGCAGUCUUCAGCCCCCCUGCCUGCCUCCUGCCCAGCAGGGCCCUGCCCUCUCGGCAGCAGCCAGGGCGUGGUGUUUUCUGUGUACAGUGAGGACAGCUCCAGCCCGGUCACACACGCUGAGUGGCAGCAACACGGGGGCACACGAUGCCCAGCCUGCUUCUCUUGUUACCGCUCCAGCACAUGAUGGGCACUAAUGUGUGUCUGUCGACUGACUAGCUGGUGGGUGCUGGGCUUGGUGGCACUGAAGGCUUUGGCUGGCAUGGUGGACAUAGGUCUUGCCCAGGCUCACAGACUUAGGGGCCCGAGGGGCAAUUGCAGAACUGCAGCCAGCGACCGCAGUGGCCUCUGACAGUCACAUCCCCUGGUCACAGUGAGAUUUCUGCAGUGACUGAGUCAUCCCAGGAGACAGGAUGUUCCUCUUUGUGCACACACAGGCCUCUGUGAUUGGUCAGGCUGCCCUGUGGCAGGGCUAGAAAAAGGCCCUUCAAAAAGUCAGAAAACCACACACCUCCCCCAGCUCUUCGUCAGUGGAGGCUUCGGAGAGAGAAGCAGCAGGUAGUCGGGAGCACCUCCAGCACCUGCUGCUGUAGGUCCUGGGAAGAAGGAGCAGCCAGUGAGCUUCCAAGAGCGGCCCUGCCCGAGGCCCGGCUAAGUGCAGCUCCUGGGCCCGUCCCCAGCAGAGCCAGGCUCUCUGCAGCUGGACCCUGGCACCUACCUGCUCAGAGGAUUCUCACGUACACUCAAGGCACUGACCAGCUGGGGGACCUUGGCCUCGUCACUAGUCUCUGCUGAGCUUCAGCUUUAUCGUUUGAAAGAAGUUCACCUGUGACCAGAGGCAGGGGAAGCAGAUUGAGAAGAUAUCAAGUGUCCAGCCAGGCUCUGUCCCGGCAGCCAGCCCUGUGGCCGGGCCUCCGACUCAGCUUCACUCUCCUGGAGAGCCAGAGAAGGGCCUGAAGCUCCCCUGGACCACACUCUUCUUGAGGGACCCGAGGGGCCCUCCGGGGCUGGCUGCCCUACCCUUGCCUCCCCUGCCAUCAGCAUCACCAGGUCCCAGUCGCCACAGUCACAGGCAGGAUGGCUGGUGCUGAGAUGAGCCUGCGGUGACUCGGGGGUCCCCAGCAGCAGCUCUGUCUCCUGAGGAUGAAGCGCCCGAGGUGAAGCCCGAGGUGAAGCCCGAGCCAGGCUGAUGGCCAGCUCAGGGACUGAGGUCCGCUGGGCCGGGCCAGGCCUAGGGAAGGGGCCCCAGCAGCGGCGGCGCUGGGCCUGGGCUGAGGAAGAGGCUGCGGAGAGGAGGAAUGCCCACGGCUGGGGGGACGGGCAGCCCUUCCCCGGUGGCGCCAGCCCUGAGCUCCUGGAGGACUUCCGCCUGGCCCAGCAGCACCUGCUGCCCCUGGCGUGGGCCCCAGGCCCCCAGGCGUCAGGAGCGUCUUCAGGAGAAGAGGUUGAAGCAGAGGAUGUGGACAGCCCAGAAAGUUCCACCCUGCCUCUCAACUGGCUCGCCCAGCAGGACCAUCAGUUGGACAUGACUGAAGAAGAGCCAGAUGAAACCCCUGGAAGUCCUGAGGCUGAGGACCCUGGAGAGAGCUCCCCAAGGCCGGGGCAGGAGGCUGCUCUCCACCCAGAGCACAGUGGGAACACCUGCCCUAUGGCCCUGGGGCGGAGUCAGGUCAGAGGCUGGGUGGCCUCUGGCGAACAAGCCAGUGGAAGCAAACUUCCAGAACAUUCUGAGGUCAACCCAUCUGUUGAACUCGGCUCUACCAGGUCUUGGAGCAGUGGGACCAUGAGCAUGAGCCGCAGCAGUGACAGCCUUGAUUCUACCUGGGAAGGAGAGGCUGAUGUCCCCCAGCCCGCUGCCCUGGCAGAAGCCCUGCCACAGAGCCCCCACCACCACCUAAACCCAGAUGACAGAACCGGAGGCAGUGUUGCUCCGGCAACGCCCACAGAAUUCCAGGACCCCUCAGCACCACCAGCCCAGAGCCCCCAGAACGCUGCCGGCAGAUGGAAGAGAGAAACCACCAGCCUGCCCCUGCCUGCAGACCAGGCCUGGAAGCAGACCAAGACGUCACCUAGGCCGUUGCCCUGCCGCUUCACCGGCUCCAUCAGCCCCCCGAAUCCUCGGCCUCGGCCAGCUCGGAAGGACAGGUCUCUGCCCAGCCACGGAGCCACUCUGGCCAACCACUCCUCUUCUGAUGCCCCCAAGUACGGCCGGGGGCGUCUGAACUACCCGCUCCCUGAUUUCUCCAAGGUGGGGCCGCGAGUGAGGUUUCCCAAAGAUGAGAGCUACCGCCCCCCCAAGUCCAGAAGCCAUAACAAGCAGCCCCAGGGCCCGGCUAGGCCCCUGAUCUUCAAGUCACCGGCUGAGAUUGUGCGGGAGGUGCUGCUGAGCAGCGGAGAAGCCUCCCUGGCCAAAGACCCACCUCCUGCCCACCCUGUCACCAGGGUACCACAGGAGUUUCAGACGCCUGAACAGGCCACUGAGCUGGUCCAUCAACUCCAGGAGGACUACCACAAGCUCCUCACCAAGUAUGCGGAGGCCGAGAACACCAUCGACCAGCUGCGCCUUGGGGCCAAGGUGAACCUGUACUCAGACCCACCCCAGCCCAGCCACAGCAUCCACAUGGGGGCGAUGCCCCCGGGGACCAAGGCCCUGUCCUUCACCAUCCCUCAGCCCCGCUCGGUGGAGUGCUGGCCGGGCCCCACCCAGAAGCCCCAGGCCUCGGAGGCUGCAGGGUGGUCGUCAGCACGAGGAGACCUGAGCCCCUCCUCGCCCCCCAGCGUGCCCGCCCCAGGGUGGCUUCCAGAGAACCAGGGCGUCACCAGGGACCAGUCCUCCCCGGAGUGGACACAGGCGCUGGCUUCUCAGGCCAGCCGGUUCCUGGCCAAGGUAGAAUCCUUCGAGGGACUGGUGCAGGCGGGGCAGCUGUCACCCCAGGACCAGCUCAAGGGCUUCCAGCAGCUGAAGGCCACCCACGCUGCCCUGGAAGAGGAGUACCUGCGGGCCUGCAGGGAGCCACACCUGGCUCCACACCCGGCCAGCUCCAAGGGGGUCGCUGGGAAAUUCGAUCCUGCCAGGGAGCUGGAGGUGGAGAUCUACCACCUGGGGACUCGCCUGGAAGAGCUGAAGGGCCACAUGGAGCAGACCCAGCGAGGGCCUGAGCUGGCAGGGUCUGACUCGGCCCUGGACCGGUCCCCCAUCACCCACUUCCCCCACACGCCAGCGCAUCCAGCCGCUUCUGGACAGGUCUCCACGCCAGCCUUCCGGACCCCCUACCCAGAGGCCAGGCCCCACAGCUCGCACACGCCUGACGGGUGUUGGCCGGUGGCUCUCAAGUACCUCACUCUUCAGCACUGGCCACAAGAACAUCGAGGCAGGCGCGUGGGAGCCGUGCUUCACUCUGCCCCCACCUUUCUGGCCCAGCCCACCGCCAGCACCUGCCUGCUGCACACGAACGUGGAGGCCAGCCUUGGCAGCAGUGAGCUGGAGGACAGGCCUCCAGGCCUCCCAGCCCCACUCAAGCAUAAGGAGCUGCAGGUGGAGCAGGACUUCCAUGGCCUCCUGGAGAGGUACCUCAGUGUGAAGUCCCUCCCUGAAGCCUUGAGGGUGGAGGAGGAGAGGGAGAGGGACGAGGAGGAGCAGGAGGAAGAGGAGGAGCAUCAUGGCACCCUGGAAGUUGACGGGCCAGCUGCAGCUCCGGGGAGGGCCAAAGCCACCAGGGCUCUGCCGAGGCACCUGGUGCGGGUGGAGAAGAGUCACAGGGCUCCUCUGCAGGAUGCCGGAGAGCAGAUGGUACCCGUGAAACCACCCAGCUUCCAGACUUCCACGACCAGAGACGGGCACACGUUGAGCCCGGGCAGGGCCAGUGGCGCUCCUCCAGGGCCUGGCGUGCCACCUGACCGUGCGUACCACCAGAGCAGUCUGACCAGCCUGGAGGGAAGCGGCAUCUCCGAACACCUUCCGCAGAAGUCUCUGCGCCUCGCUGGCCGGCCCCACGCAGAGGAGCCCUGGAUGGCAUCCCCAGAGACAGACAGUGGCUUCGUGGGCUCAGAAACCAGCAGAGUGUCACCCCUCACCCAGACCCCAGAGCACCGACUCUCCCACAGCAGCAAUCCAGGAGCAGCAGCCCGGCACUUCACUGCAUCUGCACCCUGUGACGGGUCCUCCCACCCCAAGACCAGGGGUCCUCUUGUUCCCAGAAGAACCUCUGAGCCCAGCACACCCAGGAGCCGAGCCCAGAGGCACCCCUCCAGCCAGAGCUGUCCUCUCCGGCAGAGGAAGCCCAGCUCCCACCUGGACCAAGAGCUGGCGGCUGAGAUGGUGGACCCGGGCCCCGAGUUCGAGGGGCGAAAGCAGAUUUCUGAGCAGCUUUUCCCCAGCAGUACAAUCAGCCUGCCUCCCACCCCAGCCCCUGCAGCUGCCCCUCUGCCUGGCGGAUCUCGAGAGACUACUCCCAGCCUCCUCCUCUCCAGGACGGGACGCGACCAGGCCAUCCUCGAACUGCAGGCGGAGGUGUCCCGGCUCCGUCUGCAGCUGGAGGACAGCCUGCACCGGCCACUCCAGGGCAGCCCGACACACCCAACAUCCGCCUGUGACCAACCUGCCCUGACCCAGGACCGGCCAGCUGCUUCCUCAACCCCCUGGGGCUCCCACUGUGGCAGUAAAUCCAUAGAGCGAUUGUCCGGGGAAUCCGAAGGUACAGAGCAACCUGCAGGAAGGCAGCGAGCCAGGUCCUCCUCAGUGCCUCGGGAGGUGCCUCAACUGUCCCUGAGUUUGGACUCUGAGCCGCCCUCCCCCCAGGUGUCAACUGGGAAGAACAGGAACACAGAGGAUGGUCCCUGGGCCUCUCAAGAGGAAACGAGAAGGGCAGGCAGUGGCAGACGGCCUGACAGGGUCUCCUUCCGUGGGCAGUACACAGGUCAGGAGUACCACCUUCUGCCCUCCAAGGCUGCCCUGAGAAACAGUGGCACAGCCUCCUGUCCCCGCUGCCAGCCCAUCAGAUCACGGGACACAGGCAGUGCCGCCACCAGGGAGCCACAGGGACCGUCCGCCACUGAUGCCCUCCGAUGUCCCUUGUGUGGUCACAUCAAGUCCCUUCCAGAAGGAGAUGGCCCAGGCUCAGGCACCCCUGGGGGCCUGCCCAGGAGCGCGAGGGGCCACGCCCACCCUCGGCGGAAUAUGCCAGGCGGUCGACGUGUCCUGGCUCCUCCCACAGGAGCGGAAAAGUCCUCCGCCAAGAGAAACGCACCUACGACUUCCAGCCCCAAGCAGAGGAGUCAGCGGGCAGGCUCGCCCGCACGGCCACCCCCUGGACUGUGGUACCUGGCGGCCGCGCCCUCAGCACGGCGUCCCCCGGCCUUCGCCUACGUCCCCUCGGUUCCCGUCAUGCCUUAUCCACCAGCCACUGUGUACUAUGCGCCCACCGCGCCUACCUCAGCCCCUACGGCCUCGCCGCGGCCAGCCCGGGGACACCGGCACUCCAUCCAGCUGGACCCCGAGGACCUGGAGGAGCUGCACGCGGCCCUGAACCAGGCAGUGCAGGCCGCGGAGGACGUGCGCUCCACCACCCGGCGGAUGACCCGCUCGCUGUCGGCCGACCUGCGCCAGGCCCGCAGCCCGCGGGGCGCCUGCCUCUUCUGAUUCCCUAGAGGCUCUGAGACCAGGAGGGGCGGGCAGCCCCUGCCGUCCCCUCCAGGAGGUGGCUGGAGCCCCUGAUGCCAGAAAGCCCUCUGGUCCCUCCCCAGGAGAGCGGCCACCUGCUCGCCCGUGUGUUCAGAGUGGAGCGGCACCGCCUGGAAGGGGGACCAGCUUCUCGGGGGACCGGCCCCAUCCAGAGGUGCUGCGCCCACGGCCACCUGCAUCCAGGCAGCCUCCGCGGACUCUCCUGUCCUGCGCUUGUUCACCUCCAGCCAAUAACAUACAUCUUAUAUCCGGAUGGGCAGAAGCUUUCUGUACUGGGAGUCGCCCUGGUCCUUGGCCUCUUAGAGGGCCAGACACGGUGGGAAGGGCCAGGCUCUCUGGAGCAGCACUGUCCCCUCCCGUGUCCAGCCACCUCUGGGAAGGGCCUGGUCAGAGGCCUCACUCCGGUGACGCGGUCAGGGGGGCGUCUGUGGACUGUGGGACAUCUUGGUCAUGGGCCCAGGGCGACCUGCACCCAGCUCCUUUCCUGGUUGCGGAGGCCUCUCCCGUGGGCCGGCUGGGCUGAGGACAACUUCAGGGGCCCAGGAAGCCACCGCCAGUGGCUCUCCGCACCUCGUCCCAAGACCUGGGCUCUUCCCGGGAUCUCAGUGGCAUCUGACUGGUGACCAGCCACCGCCAGGCCCCAGCUGGGGGCCAUGAAGCCAGGCCAUCUUCUGUUCCCCACCCCGUAGCAGCACAUACCUCGGCGUUCUGGAACGUGCGUGCGUGGCAGAUAUUUGUAUAUUUGAGGCAUUUAAAAGUCUAUUUUCGUUACAAGAGUAAAUGAAGAAGAAUGAAUAAUGAUCUAACGAAUAGAAAAGACGACCAAAAAGAACCACAAACAUUCCCAAAACUGCCUGCGUCUGUGGUGUGUGUCAUGGAUCUGUGGUUUCUGAAGUCAAGUGUGUGGAGAGGGAAGGUCUGAUGCCCAGCCCUGCCUCCCCCAGGGGACCUGUGGGGCGAGCGCUCCCUGACUCUGCC